CUAGGUCAGGAUCAUGUAAUGCUCAAGCAGAGCUUUGUCCAGUGGGAGUGACACUCACUGUGAGACAGUGUGGAUGGGGCAGGUCUGAACUGUCCCAGGGGAAGGAGUGACACUGAUUGAGUAGACCUGGGUCUAGCGCUCACUCCCGAUGCUGGGAACUUGGCAGUCUGAUUGCCUGGCCUGGGUCUGUUGAUCGCCUGCGCCCCCAAUUUGAGUGGCCUGAGAGAGGGUGGGUACACACUUCUGCUAACGGAGUGUAAUUAGGGAGUGAGUGUUGGGCUGCCAAAAGGAAAACAGCAUCAGAGUAAGCUAACCUAGUCCAGGCACCCUGAAGGCCUGGCUCCCCUGAACCCCCUGUUUGGGAGCCCCCUUACCCUCUCCUUGGUGUGUAGCUCCUUGACAGUAACUCCUUAGGGGGCUGGAGGAAUCACUUAAAAUGUUCAAUUCUGCUUUGCUGUGUUUUAUUGAGGGAGAAGGUGUUGUGUCCCACAGUGGUACUGACAUUUGUGAAGAUUGUUCUCUGGGGACGUGCCAGUGAACAUAACAGAUCUGGAGUGUCAUAGGACAUAAAUGUCCUUCAGGGAAGGAACAGCAGCUCUGUUUUCUUUGUAUCUCCAGAGUAUCCCACAGUGCCUGGUACAGCAUAGGUGUAUAAUCAGUGUUUGUCGAGUGAAUGAAUGAACAAAGCUGCCAUUUCAUUGUGGAAAGUGCAAGAAAAGCCUCAGCCUGUCCUGGGAAGACAGCCCAUUUCCCGGAGGUCAAGUUGGGGUUUGGUCUAACGCAGGAGAGGGAAGUAAGACUGGGGCUUGUGGCACAGCUGGUGUUGCAGUCAGUCUUUGGGUGAAGCCAAACCUGGCAGCUUGUGUCCCUGUACCUGAUAUGUCCUCCCUGUGCAAUGGCAUUCGUGUCCUCAGCACACAAGCCCUGUCAGCCAGCUGGCUGUGACCUAGCAGCUGCUUCUGUUCCUCUGGGAAGAAAGUGCCACACCUUAGGGCUCAGUCAUCUUGGAUUGUUUUCUUUCUAAAUUUUAUCAACUUUCUCACAUCUGCACAGGGUCGCAAGUGUGGUAUCAUAGGUGCUAAAAGAGAAGCCCAGUAGGGUGGGGUUCACAGGAAGGGUGGCCUCCUCCUCUUCUAGGCCUUGGGGACAUCACAGGGCUUCACGUAGAGUUAUGUGUCAAGGGUGGGGGUGAUAGCUCGAGCUGGGAGUUUCAAGAGAGAAGCGUGGGGAGGACAGGGAUAACGCAUCAGGAAGGAGUUUCAGGAGAGGCAGGGUCAGCUCACCGAGGGGCUCACGGUCCAUCAUCAGGUCCUUUUCAAGUUUGAGACUUCAUCCCACACAGGAGCUUUCUCAGACUUUUUAAAAAGCUUUUUAUUCUGUUUUGCUUAUAUCAUUGUUUUAAAUGAAAAAAGCAAUUCCAAAGUCUUUCUAGAGGUUUGAGGAGGUCCUUUCUUAGAUGGUAAUUGUUCUUUUAACCAUACCUGUGUUCUAACCAGGUCUGUGGGCCAAGAUGGGCUCCCUCAUUUCCAUUCAGUGGUGUGGGCACCGCAGUUCACUGAAUCCUGAUGCAGGGUCCCCAGAGCCCAUAGUGGUGGUGAUGAAGCCAUGUCUGUGACACGAUGAAAUGAAACCAGGGCUGGGGAAGGAUAUUCUAAACCACCUGUAAAAAUUGAGCUGGCUGUGAGGAAAAGAAAGUAUUGGGGUGUGAAGAACCCCAGAAAUCUGGGUUUCUAGAAACAAAUAUUAAUUGUCUCAGGGUCCUCUCCCUGCACAUUGAAACAGCUGAGUGGGCAGCUUCAGUUGGCCCUACCUCCUCCAUAGUCAUGCUCUUGCUAUGACCUUGUGGGGUCUCUACACUGGGCAGGGAGGGGGGUGCAGUAUAGACAUAAAACAUAGUCAAGCCUGUUGGCCAGUGGCUGGGGGAGGGGAUGAGGUAGUGAGAGAUUAUGGGGACAGGACUUGGCUUGUAGUUGUGCUAAGACACGCUCCUGCUCUAAGAUUUUGUGACUUGGGGACUGGGAGCAUAAACUUCACUGUGCCAUAUAGUGGGGUGAUGUGGUCAGGGAGAAAAACGUGGCAGAAGGGCAAGGCUGGAGAAUAAGGAAGUGAAGGGCAGAGAGCAAGGGACGAGGCGAUGGAAAUUGUUGCCAGCAGCAGGUGCAGCCUUGUCGAUUUCCUCACCUGCUGGGGUGACACUGACCCAGAGAAGCACCCCUUUGAAUUCCCACCCUCUUAUUAGUGACUAUGCACUAAUAUCACAUGGUGGGAGUCCUCAAAACCUGCUUGUACUUAGCUUGAUUUGCCACAUUUGAUAACAUUUUAUGUUCUGUUUUACAAUAGGCAUACAUUUGCAUGAUUCAAAAAUUAGAAGGUACAGCAGGGUAUAUGGUAAAGUCAGCCUCCUGCCGCAGACACCUAGAUCCCCUCCUGGAGACACCAAUGCCAUGUGCUUUUCUUGUGUUCUUCCCAAGAUAUUCUGUGUAUAUGCCAGCAGAUGUGUGUGUGUACACAUUAAAAUGUUUUUAUGCCCACAGUGUCACGUUCCACGUCCACUGCACCCCUCACCAUCUCCCGUUACUAUUUCUGGGUACUCAUUGCAUAGAGUUUCUCUUUGUUUUGCCCAGCUACACAGCAUCCCCCUGCCAGGCUGUGCUGUAGAUUCUUUGACUAUUUCUUUCUCUCUCUCUCUUUUUUUAAUCAAAAAAAUUAAUUUAUUUAUUUUGAGAGAGAAAGAGAGAGAGAGUGCACAUGCAUGGGAGGGGCAGAGAGAGAGAAGAGAGAGAGAGAAUCCCAAGCAGGCUCUGUGCUGUCAGCAUGGAGCCCAACGUGGGGCUUGAUCCCACAACCCUGAAAUCAUGACCUGAGCUGAAAUCAAGAGUCAGACACCUCACUGACUCAGCCAUCCAGGCGCCCCUGACUAUUGCUCUCUUGAGCUUGGUAGGCUCUUCCUGGUCUGUGCCGGGCACUAAUGUGUUAGCUCUUUGAAAGAGCACCCCCCACCCUUGCCCUAAGGUGUGGAUAGAGUAUCCCCCUAUCUGGAAGGAAAGUGUGGGAUUAGGUGAUAUUUGGAAGUUCCCAUUUACUGCUAUUCUCAUCUGGACUAUAACUUUCUUUGGGGAGUAGAGGGCAGCUAAUGGUUAGAUACUAUUAUUUGUAAGAUACGCUUCUUUAGAAUAUUACCUUUAGUUACACAUAGGCCUUUCAAACCCACCCAUAGCAUCCUGAAUGAGGCUUGUCAAGGCCACAUUUGACCCGAGCUUCAAGAGCAGUGGUUCCGAGGGACUUUGCAGGGCCCACUGCACGUUUGAGCUACUACAGGUGCUGCAGAUGGUUCUGGAGGGAUGUCUCUGACAGCCAGGAUCAGGAAUGCAUAGUGCUUGUGGCAUCGUGUUUGUGACAUGAUGAUAUCUAGCUGAGGCUGCUUCUUCCCGCCUAGUGAAUCAGUUGCUCCUACCACUAUGCCAUGUGUCUGAGAGGGAAGGGAACAGCCUGGACAUUGUAAAUACGUCAGUAUGUCUUGGAGUCAUGUUGGAUGGUCCCUGUCAGCUUCUAGAUCUGCAAGACAGUCCUGGUAGUUUACCACAGUAGAGCCGGUGUGCAGUCACCUCACAUGGCAGCAUUGUACAGGCAGCGGACAUCUUUGAGGGCCCCACCUUCAGGCCUGGGGGAAGGGCAGUGGCGGGCUCUUGCCACACGUGGGGACGCUCCAGAGAGCAGGACUUGAUGGUAGCCCACCCCCAGAGGGUUCACAGCUGCAAGGCUGCUUAUCAGCCCCUGUGCAGGUGUCAGCAGGACACAUUCAAGCCAUGAGGCCUCUGUGGGAGGGAGCCGAGGGCUGGCAGAUGUUAGACGUUAGCCCCUGGGGUCUGUUGUGUGCAGUGCCAGUGGCCAAGGGGCACUGAGAUGGCUCUUUCUGCCCCAUUAGUGGCUGUCAGCUAGCUCAGGGCACCAGUCUGCUGGAUAAACCCAGCUGUUGCAGAAGGUCAGAGAAGAAUGGGAGCAAAGGCAGCACUUCAGGGGGCCCGCCAAUGACUGCUUUCGGGAAGUGAACAGGCUUAUUCAUGUUCAUAUUUUCUCUAAAAUACUCUUGAGGUUUUGAGGCUCCACCCUGAGCCCUGUGUGGCUGAGGGCUGCUUGUCCUGGUGGAAGGGAUGGUCUUCAAAUCUUGUGCUAGCCUAAGUCUGGGUGGCGGGGUCCUGGGGCAGCUCAGUCCUGCCUCUGAAACUGAAUGGAGGCAGAGGGGAGGCAGAAUUGCUGUCAGGGUCAUGGGGCCUCCUGCACACAGAGCCCAGGAGGAGGUCGCUAACAGUGGAGGAAGUGGAAUUAUUGCACAUGGUGCGUUUCAACAUUGGGACUCAACCCUCAAGAAGGAAAACCAAGUGUGGGGGUGCAUGGCGCCCGGGCUGAAGAAAUGAAAAGUGGGCAGAAGGCUGAACGUUAACUACCUUGUCUUUUGCUUACCCACUUGGCCCUUCUCUUGGGCUGGCCCUGGCAAGGCAGAGUUACCUCACCCCACACCAGCUUCAGGGCCUGUGGCUGGGAGAAGUUCUCUUGCUGUGUUUAUUCAAGAUGAUGGAUUUGGACGUGCUUCUAUGAAGAAAUGCCACGUGUCUCAACUGGCCCAAGAACAAACAUGUCCAGACUACUGCCACCUUAGGGGAUUAGGGCUUGGUGACAGCGCGUCCCGGGGAAUCAGGUGUGGUCUGACCCAGGAACAGGAAACACAUCAUCACCAAUGACAUCAUGACAGCAAGAGAGCACAGCCCUCGCCAUGGUGCCAGGGCCCGUGCGAUGCAGCGGGCUUCUACCAUUGAUGUGGCAGCUGACAUGUUGGGCCUCUCUCUGGCAGGAAAUAUCCAAGAUCCAGAUGAGCCCAUUUUAGAAUUCAGCUUAGCUUGCAGUGAGUUGCAUACUCCAUCGCUAGAUCGAAAACCAAAUAGUUUUGUAGCAGUGAGUGUAACCACCCCUCCUCAGGCAUUCUGGACAAAACAUGCACAGACGGAGAUCAUUGAGGGAACCAACAAUCCUAUAUUUCUAAGCAGUAUUGCCUUCUUUCAAGACUCCCUUAUCAAUCAGAUGACACAAAUCAAACUCUCCGUGUAUGAUGUCAAAGAUAGAUCUCAGGGAACAAUGUAUUUACUGGGCUCUGGAACAUUCAUUGUCAAAGAUCUUCUCCAAGACAGGCAUCAUAGGUUGCAUUUAACAUUAAGAUCUGCCGAGAGUGACCGCGUGGGUAACAUCACCGUGAUUGGCUGGCAGAUGGAGGAGAAGUCGGACCAGCGGCCUCCUGUGACUCGGUCUCUGGACACCGUCAAUGGGAGGAUGGUUCUGCCCGUUGAUGAGAGCUUGACUGAGGCAUUGGGAAUCCGAUCCAAAUAUGCUUCGCUGCGAAAAGACACUUUACUGAAAUCGGUGUUCGGCGGCGCCAUUUGCCGCAUGUACCGGUUCCCCACCACCGACGGCAACCACCUGCGGAUCCUGGAGCAGAUGGCAGAGAGCGUGCUCUCCCUGCACGUGCCCCGGCAGUUCGUGAAGCUCCUGCUGGAAGAAGAUGCGGCCAGAGUGUGUGAACUGGAGGAGUUGGGGGAUCUGUCCCCUUGCUGGGAGAGCCUCCGGCGCCAGAUUGUCACUCAGUACCAGACCAUUAUCCUCACGUACCAGGAGAACCUCACUGACCUCCAUCAGUACAAAGGUCCCUCGUUUAAAGCAAGCAGUUUGAAAGCAGAUAAAAAGUUAGAAUUUGUUCCUACAAACUUGCACAUACAGAGGAUGAGAGUUCAAGACGAUGGGGGGUCAGAUCAGAAUUAUGACAUCGUUACCAUCGGAGCGCCAGCAGCACACUGCCAAGGUUUUAAGUCAGGAGGUCUCCGCAAAAAGCUGCACAAAUUUGAAGAGACCAAGAAGCACAGUUUUGAGGAGUGUUGUACACCAUCCAGCUGCCAGUCCAUAAUCUACAUACCACAGGACAUCAUCAGAGCCAAGGAGAUCAUUGCCCAGAUCAAUACCCUGAAAACCCAAGUGAGUUAUUAUGCAGAGCGGCUCUCCAGGGCAGCCAAGGACAGGUCUGCCACAGGUCUUGAAAGAACCCUCGCCAUUCUAGCAGACAAGACCCGGCAGCUGGUCACCGUGUGCGACUGCAAGCUGCUGGCCAACUCCAUCCACGGGCUGAACGCAGCGCGACCCGACUACAUUGCCUCCAAGGCCUCCCCCACGUCGAGUGAGGAGGAGCAGGUGAUGCUUAGGAAUGACCAGGACACCCUCAUGGCCAGGUGGACGGGGAGGAAUAGCCGGUCUUCUCUGCAAGUGGACUGGCAUGAGGAGGAGUGGGAGAAAGUGUGGCUGAACGUAGACAAGAGCCUGGAGUGCAUCAUUCAGCGGGUGGACAAGCUGCUGCAGAAGGAGCGCCUGCAUGGCGAGGGCUGUGAGGAUGUCUUCCCUUGCGCAGGCAGCUGUACCAGCAAGAAAGGUAACCGGCACAGCCACGCCUACUGGAUCAAACCGGAAGACCCCUUCUAUGAUGUCCCCUCCUCGCCAUGCCCCUCCACCAUCUCCUCUGCUGCAUGCCAUCCUCGCCUGACCACACAUUGCAGCCCCCCUCCUGACGAGUCCAGCCCAGGUGAAUGGAGUGAGGCCCUUUACCCCCUGCUGACCACCCUCACAGACUGUGUGGCCAUGAUGAGUGACAAGGCCAAGAAGGCAAUGGUCUUCCUGCUGAUGCAGGAUAGCGCUCCCACCAUAGCCACGUACCUGAGCCUGCAGUACCGCCGGGAUGUGGUCUUCUGCCAAACUCUGACUGCUCUCAUCUGUGGCUUCAUCAUCAAGCUGAGGAACUGCCUGCAUGACGAUGGCUUCCUGCGCCAGCUCUACACCAUUGGGCUGCUGGCCCAGUUCGAGAGCCUGCUGAGCACCUAUGGUGAGGAGCUGGCUAUGCUGGAGGACAUGAGCCUUGGAAUCAUGGACCUGAGGAACGUGACCUUCAAAGUCACUCAGGCCACUUCUAAUGCAUCAACAGACAUGCUGCCCGUCAUCACUGGAAAUCGUGAUGGGUUCAACGUGCGGAUCCCUCUGCCGGGCCCCCUGUUCGACGCCCUGCCCCGGGAGAUCCAGAGUGGCAUGCUGCUGCGGGUGCAGCCCGUCCUCUUCAAUGUGGGCAUCAACGAGCAGCAGACACUAGCCGAGAGGUUUGGUGAUACGUCUUUACAAGAAGUUAUUAAUGUGGAAAGUUUGGUGCGGUUAAAUUCCUACUUCGAGCAGUUUAAGGAAGUUUUGCCUGAAGAUUGCCUACCUCGAUCUCGGAGCCAGACCUGCCUCCCAGAGCUGCUGCGAUUUCUGGGCCAGAACGUACAUGCCAGGAAGAAUAAGAACGUCGACAUUCUCUGGCAAGCUGCUGAGAUCUGCCGCCGCCUUAACGGGGUCCGGUUCACCAGCUGCAAGAGUGCCAAGGACCGCACGGCCAUGUCGGUGACACUGGAGCAGUGCCUGAUCCUGCAGCACGAGCACGGCAUGGCCCCGCAGGUGUUCACCCAGGCCCUGGAGUGCAUGCGCAGCAUUGGAACACGGGAGGUAGUCACCCAGAAGAACUUGAGCGGCCUGGUGCCCAUCCGAGACUUAAGACUAGACCCCAGCCUCCUCUGUUCCAUCCCUUUGUUAGCCUUGAGCCCCAAUUUACUGAUUGCGUGGCUCUUCCUGAGCAUAGCAUACCUGGUGACCAAAUUACGUUGCAAAUGAGUAUCAUUACGAAAAAUCAGUAAUAAGUCACAAGAAAAACAAAAGUGCCAGAAUAUGUCCAGCCACCUGUGUACCUAACUGGACAGAAGGAAUGUGUCAAAGCGUGGUCUGCCAAGAAAUAUCUCAUGCCUUACAGUUUGAUGUUUUGUUGUUCUGAACUGUAAAUACCUGCCAAAUUAUUUCACCAAGAGGACUUGUUCAUUUAACUUCCGUAGAGUUUUCAGUGCUUGUAACACAUUCUUACAGGGCCCUGUCACUGCAUUGUUUAGCUGGCCUGGAAUUACUUGUACCAAAUCUCUCACCUUCUGAUGUAAAGCUAUUUAUUACCUGUAUAUCUCAUGUGCCGUGUUUCUGAGAGAAGCGAAUUCUGUCUGGAAAGAAUUUGUAUAUUUGAUACUAUUCUUGAAUGUACUGCUAAACUUUCCUUUCCUUUUAAAGAGAAACGAAAAGGAUAGAUGCUUUAUAACUGGCUCUUCAAGAUAAACCUAUUUAAUAGGACAUGUACUUUCUGCUUUCAUUUCAAAGCGUAGUCCCUGAACUCAGAGUAGCAAACACUUUGCAGAAUCGUUCCAUUCCUUGCUUAUGUUCAUGAUUUCCAGUCCAAGACGACACAAAGCUGUGACUGUAGUAGCACAUUGUACCAAAUUGGGCACAUCCAAGUAAUGCUGCAUGUGACUUUACAUUUACUCUUUUAAAUCUCUAAGGAUCACUAAACUGACUCCAGGAAUGAACGCAUACAGAAACAAAAGGCUGUUCAAGUGAUAGACAUUUAUUUUUCUUGAAGCAGCAUUUUUACAUUUAAAACAUUGCAUCUUUAGUUACAGAUUAAAGUCCAGACAUCUUUUUCUUAGAAAGCAAAUGUGAUUCAUAAUAAUAAGCAAAAAUCAAAGGAAAAAUGACCCAUAAAAUGAGGCCUAACCUUUGGGCAUUUGUGACAGAUGGAACUGUGAGAAAGAAGGAGUUGCUUUGGUUUCUGCUACUAGCACUCUCUCGGUGUAACACGGCAAUGUCCAGAAAAUGAGAUGGUUGGUAAGCCUAACUUUUACAUUCGCCGGAAGGGUAGGUGAACAUCUGUAAAGGUAAUAGAUUAAAUUAAGGGGAAUUCCACAGAUUUUCUAUAAGAAAUACUCAGUGGCUUCUCUGUUUUCUAGUUCAAAUUAUGUCAUACUUCUGUUUUUGACCGCCAGCCGGUUCCCCAUACACUGUAUUUUAUGAAAGUGGAUUUCUUUUUACCAGUCUAGAAACACUGGAGUGAAUUGAGAGAAGCUGUCUUUCCCAAAACUUUUUACUCAUUUGUGCCCACAAACCCAGUUUACCACAAAAUCUGGCCUCUCUAGACCCUCCCCAAGAUGUCCAGAACUUACCCUAGGACUCCUCUGGUUUGCCAUCAGUUCUGAGUCUACUAAUUGUAGAAGCAGUUAGCAUGACAAAUGAUAGAUUCAGACUUUAAAUUCUAAGAUAGAAGACUGUCCUUCUCGCACCGCUGGGAGGCCCUUCUUCCCCAGACCCCCUGAGCACUGCUGGAGCCUCAGGGCAGGGCUCCUGCCUGUAGGUGGAGCCAGUCUUUUCACAGGUACAGUGUGGCCACUCUGUCUUUUCCAGAACAACUGAGGUGACCAUUCCAUGGCAUAGCUCCUGACAUCCUUCACUAAGGAGUCUCUCUGUAUGCCAACACAACACUGGUCACUGUCUAACCUGUGAUUCUUUGAGAGGUGUGUUCACCUCCUGCCUCCUUCAAAUUGAGGCAUGUGCAUCAGUGCUCCGAGGCCAUUUUAUUUACACUAUAUGAAUGGGAGAAAGCAGAGUCUGCAGGCCCUUUCAGCUCCCAUUUCAGGCUUCCCAGUCCUGCUCUGGCUCAAGUGCUCCUGAUACCCCACGGUGGUGACACGUGCUUGUGCCCACCUCCAGGCCUGGCAGAGAUUGCGCCCAGGUGAGGGAGGCCCUUCUGAUUACAGAGAGUGUCCUCUCCGCUUCCCAGGCCCAUGGGUGUUCCUGUGCCAAUCCCCAGAGCCCCCUUCCAGGAACCCCCACCCAGCAAGGGGAGGCCGUGGCCUCUGAGGGGGCCUUGUGGACAGCCCGGCCUGCUGCUCGCUGCCAUGGCGCCAGCCAGGCCUUCCUGCCUCAUGUAGAAUUGGCUGCUAAGUUGACAGAGAAAUAAGUUGGACAGGGUUCUUUGUCUCUUCAGGGGCUGAGUCAAAAGGCAGUACAUUCUACCUGUAUGCUUGUGAGGGUAGCACAAGAAAGGACACCAGGAGGUCAGCCUAGGCUGUGAAUUGUUGUUGUUGUUUUUCUUCAGAACAUCUGAGGAAAGAGACUCUGUAUGCUCACCCUUUGUGUGCUGAGUUUUAGUAUCACUAAAGGCUUUUUACUUACGAAGUCAGACUAAAUACAUACGUCUUUUCUGCUUUAGUGAGAAAUAGGCUGGAUGAAACAAACAUGGGAAGAUGCUUCAAGAAAGGGGAGUCUGGUACUUGAUGAUGAUGGUUUUCAGGCUGCCGCUGAGGUGAUACUGGCUCUGGACGGGACACAGUCAGUGGCUGCCAGCACUAGAUAUUCAGGAUCACUAAGACCCUAGUGCAUUCAGAUGGGUUCUAAAGUGGAAGAUCCACACCAGAAAGGGAAAACCAGAGGACUCCCUAGAACCAGUUGUCAUUUGGGUUUCCAUUCUAAUUUCUCAUUCAAAAAAUGGAUGUCCUUGAAAUAAUUUACCUAUAGAAUAAAAACAGUCGGGGAGCUUUGAAAUAAUUAAAUCCCUCUUUCUAAACUCUACCCAAGACCUUCUCAAAGUGUGCUGUUGACAACUAAAAACUAUGCAGCCGAUGUGAUCUGUAGAAGUGUUCUACCUUAGGACAGGAGGCUGGCGGUGGGGAGCCUUCUCAGUGGGGAGUGCCAGUUAGCAUGGCACACCCUCUCUUUUCUGCACAUAGCAGCCUCCAGCAUUAAUGCCAGAGCUCAUGCAAACAUGUGAUGACAGUGUCUACGUGCCAUCAGCCUCACCCAGGCAGAUUUGGUAAAUUCAAAACAUUUGAGAAAAGUAAAUACGAUGUGCUUUAGAAAUUAAAUUGCAUUGAAAGUGUAAUCUUGAUUACAAUUUCAUGUGUAACGAAUUCAGCCAGUUAACCCGGUAAUUAGCUUCCUUAACAUAUGUAAAUAAAAAAUAAUGUCCGAGUGGACAAAUUAUUCUUCUUCGCUCCUCAAAGCAGUUCGGCAUUUAAUAGUGAUAGGUGGUGUUUGAAAAGUGUGUGCAUUUGUAUAUAAAUAGAGAAGCCAUAUCUGAAAUAGUUUGAUAAUGUGAGAGCUUCCAAAGAUUAAGACUAACUGUGCAUAGGAACUUCCAGCUUCUGCUUUAAAUGGAAUUAUAUUUUUAUCCGAUUACUGGAUGUUAGACAAACAUGAUCAUUAUUGAUUCUAGGGCCUCCCUGCUCGUCUGGCCUAGGCUUUCAGCUCUUAUGACAUACGUCUUGCUGAGGGCUUGAGGCUCUGGUGACAAGGAAGCAGAGCUGAGUUACUAAAUUACUUAACAAAUCAGGUGGAUACUUUUCUAAAAUACCUGAGCUUAUCUUUUGAAUAAAAUUACUGUCUUACCAAAAAUAUUUUACAUGUUCUUGAUAAUAAGACUGUCAUUUUCACUUUAAAAGGCUUGAGCAGUUGCCACUGAUAUUUUUUUAAAAUGCAUGACAUAAUGGUCUUCAUAAAAUUUGAAAUAUUUUUUUUAAAUCACUAUUUCUUGGUAACUCCAAAUUUUACAUCUCAUAAAUGGGGAUUUUUGUACUGAAUUUGAUAACUAGUUGACUUAAUUGCUAGUCUUCGAAUAAUACAAAAAUGUAAAGUUAUACUGUGCUUAUAGGAAGCCGUUUAUAUUUAGAAUUGCUUUUGCCUGUUAAUUUGGCGUCUACAGCAGACCAUUUCCCAAAGAACUCCCCUGAUGCUCUCAUUUGGGAACGAAUGUGAGGCCUGCCUGAUGUCUCAUCCUCCUGUUUAGCAUUUGCUUUGCCCACUGGGUUGCCAUGACAACCCUCCAUCCAGUACAGCUGGGGAUGAGGCUGGUAGCCGGUUCUCUAGGGAAGGGCACCUGUGGGCUCUCACUGGCUCUGUGGCACCCCUGUGAGAGGUGACCACAAUGAGGACAGCCCUCCUAGAGAAGGUGACUGGCUGCCAUGGGGAGAUCUCAGUGGGAUGACUCCUUCAUGACACGUCUAGCCCUAAUGGCUGUGCAGACCCCUCGUGCCACCACUGCAUGAGCCCACUGAUUGCUCUGUACCCAGGACAGCUGCCUCCUCAGUGGGGACGGCAUGUUAUAGCAGCCUUCUCGGCCAGAUGGCUUUGCUACAUUCUGCAAGGAAAAUGAGCAUUUUCAAUUUGAGGUGAUUCAUAGCUGUUGCUAAUAAGAAAAACGCAGCUCUUUAAAAGCUUUGGUAAGAGUAGCAAUAUUUCUUUUUCCAUUUAAUUUGUGACAUAACAGAACCUUUGAACUGCAAAUUAUGAUAGAACCCUCAAAUUACUGGACAUGAAAACCAUUACGUGAAAACCAUUAACUUAAAACCACAAUUUUGCUUCUACUUAGAUACAGUGCUGCCUCUGGAAAUGCCAGGCUCACAGCCCCAUACAGCAUGUGUCCAUCUCUGUGCUUCUUAGUUGCCUUCCUUGUUUAGAAGCCCGCCAUCUUGCGUGCGUAUUGUUGUAAAUGAGUCCGGCACCCAUUUGAAUUAAUCAACAUUUUUUGUAAUGCUAUGAAAAUAAUCAAUUCAUUUCAUUUUAGUUUAAGUCUUUUCCUUUUUCCUUUUUUACUGCUGUCAUUUCUUGUGCUUGUUUUUUU